CUUCCUCGGAGAGUUUCCCAGCGGGGGCUGCCGGGGCUGCUUCUGCCCUCGGCGCUGCCGGCGUUUCCCUCCUUCGGGGCUGUUGCCGAGCGUUGAGCCGGGGGAGGCGGUGGCGGCGGCAGCAGCAGAGAGCGAGGGAAGCAACCACAUGAAUCAGUUUCUCUCUGUAUCCGGCUCCGGGCAGAGGCGGCGACCAUAAAGGGGAGGAGGGGAGAGGGGGAAAAAAAGCGGCUACUGCAGCGGUGGCAGCAGGGGGGGCUCCCCUCGCCACCUUGCCGCCGAGGUGCUGAAGGACUGACUGGUGCUCGCCCAGGCGCCAACGGGCUGAGGCGUUCGUCGUGUCGUGUGUGUGUCCCCCAACCCCCAACCUCCGUCGUCGUCCGUCGCCUCCCCCCCCCUCCACUCCCGCCGCCUCCUGGAGCUGCGCGGCCUCGGCAGCCAAAUGUGCGGAGGGGAGAGACUUUUGCUCAAAAUCCCCCGCUCGUAAAUAUAGAGAAAGCGGAAGAAGAGCCACCGCCGAGCAGCUGCAGGAGGAGGGGAGGGGGACAGCGAUACUGUUUCUGCCGUAGUCAGGGAGGCUGAUGGCGGAGUUUGGCAGCGGCGGCGGCACCGGCGGCGGGGGGCUCCCUUCCUCCCCCGGGCCGGUCCAAGGGAAGGUGGCCUUCAAGGCAGGAGAUGGGGAAGGAGGAGGCGGAGGAGGAGGAGGCGGAGGUGGCGGCAGCGGGAGAUCCCGUUUUGACAGUGCCGGCAGCCGGGUCUCCAACGGGGACUGUGCCCUAGCGGGAGCCGGCGAAGAACCGGGAUCAGCCCCUCCUGCCAGCCCGGAGAGCAGCGGCAAAGAGAAAGGAUUUUCCACCAGUCAACAACGAGAGGGCAAACCCGGUAUCCCCCGGAGGAGCAGCAUAAUUAAGGAUGGUACGAAACAAAAGCGAGAACGGAAAAAGACUGUGUCGUUUAGCAGUAUGCCAACUGAGAAAAAGAUCAGCAGCGCAAGUGACUGUAUAAAUGCGAUGGUUGAAGGCUCUGAGCUCAAAAAGAUUCGAUCCAACUCAAGGGUGUAUCACCGAUACUUUCUUUUAGAUGCAGAUAUGCAGUCUCUACGCUGGGAACCUUCAAAAAAGGAUUCUGAAAAAGCAAAGAUUGAUAUUAAAUCAAUCAAAGAAGUAAGAACAGGAAAAAAUACAGAUAUUUUUCGCAGUAAUGGAAUAUAUGAUCAGAUAUCAGAAGACUGUGCAUUUUCAAUUAUAUAUGGAGAAAACUACGAGUCACUAGAUCUUGUUGCUAACUCAGCAGACAUUGCAAAUAUUUGGGUUACUGGCUUAAGAUACCUGAUUUCUUAUGGGAAGCAUACUCUAGAUAUGAUAGAAAGUACUCAAGAUAAUAUGCGGACUUCAUGGCUUUCACAAAUGUUCAGUGAAUCAGAUGUAGAUAAUUUGGGACAUAUACCCCUGUGUAAUGCUGUACAGUUUAUAAAAGACUUAAAUCCUGGUUUAAAAAUUAAUAAAAUUGAACUAAAAUUCAAGGAGUUACAUAGAUCCAAGGAAAAAACUGGUACUGAAGUAACAAAAGAAGAGUUUAUUGAAGUUUUUCAUGAGCUUUGUACCAGACCUGAAAUCUAUUUCCUAUUGGUUCAGUUUUCAAGCAAUAAAGAAUUCCUAGAUACCAAGGACCUCAUGAUGUUUUUAGAAGCAGAACAGGGUAUGGCACUUGUCACGGAAGAAAUAAGCCUUGAAAUUAUUCAGAAAUAUGAGCCAGCCAAAGAGGGACAGGAGAAGGGUUGUCUUUCUAUAGAUGGGUUUACGAAUUACCUUACUUCCCCGGACUGCCACAUAUUUGAUCCGGAACAUAAAAAAGUUUGUCAAGAUAUGAAACAACCUUUAUCUCAUUAUUUUAUAAAUUCAUCUCAUAAUACAUACUUGAUAGAGGAUCAGUUUCGAGGGCCUUCUGACAUCACAGGUUACAUUCGCGCUCUUAAAAUGGGUUGUCGAAGUGUCGAACUGGAUGUAUGGGAUGGUCCGGACAAUGAGCCUGUGAUUUACACGGGGCAUACAAUGACAUCACAGAUUGUCUUCCGUAGUGUGAUUGAUAUUAUUAACAAGUACGCAUUUUUUGCUUCAGAAUACCCUCUUAUUUUGUGUUUAGAAAAUCAUUGUUCUAUUAAGCAGCAGAAAGUGAUGGUACAACACAUGAAGAAAAUUUUGGGGGACAAACUACAUACACAGUCUCCAAACAUUGAAGAGUCUUAUCUUCCAUCACCGGAAUCACUUAAAGGGAAAAUACUAAUUAAAGCAAAGAAGCUUUCCUCUAAUUGUUCCGGACUAGAGGGAGAUGUUACAGAUGAAGAUGAAGGAGCUGAAAUGUCACAGAGAGUGGGAAAAGAAGGGGUAGAACACCAAAACUCGAUGACGGGGAAACGAUUUCAGCUCUGCAAAGAACUCUCUGAGUUGGUAAGCAUAUGUAAAUCGGUUCAGUUCAAAGAGUUUCAGGUUUCAUUUCAGCUCCAGAAGUACUGGGAAGUGUGCUCGUUUAACGAAGUGCUUGCGAGCAAAUAUGCCAACGAAAACCCAGGAGACUUUGUAAAUUAUAACAAACGUUUUCUUGCCAGAGUUUUCCCCAGUCCUAUGAGGAUUGACUCGAGUAAUAUGAAUCCCCAGGACUUUUGGAAAUGUGGUUGUCAGAUAGUAGCAAUGAACUUUCAAACGCCUGGCUUAAUGAUGGAUCUUAACAUUGGUUGGUUUCGACAAAAUGGAAACUGUGGCUACGUCCUUCGUCCUGCUAUCAUGAGAGAAGAAGUAUCCUUCUUCAGCGCGAAUACGAAAGACACUGUGCCUGGAGUUUCACCUCAGCUGCUUCAUGUUAAAAUCAUUAGUGGGCAAAACUUUCCUAAACCCAAAGGAUCAGGUGCCAAAGGUGAUGUUGUGGAUCCUUAUGUCUAUGUUGAAAUACAUGGAAUCCCUGCCGACUGUGCAGAGCAAAGGACGAAAACUAUGCAUCAGAAUGGGGAUAAUCCUAUUUUUGAUGAAAGUUUUGAAUUUCAAAUAAAUUUGCCAGAACUAGCUAUGGUGCGUUUUGUAGUACUGGAUGAUGAUUACAUUGGCGAUGAGUUUAUCGGGCAAUACACUAUUCCCUUUGAGUGUCUACAGACUGGUUACCGGCACGUUCCUCUGCAGUCUUUAACUGGUGAAAUUUUAGCACAUGCUUCCUUGUUUGUGCAUGUGGCCAUUACUAAUCGAAGGGGUGGUGGGAAACCUCAUAAACGGGGCCUCUCUGUGAGGAAGGGCAAGAAAUCAAGGGAAUAUGCUUCUAUGAGAACAUUAUGGAUUAAAACAAUAGAUGAAGUGUUCAAGAAUGCUCUCCAGCCUAUUCGGGAUGCCACGGAUUUGAGAGAAAAUAUGCAGAAUGCAGUAGUUUCAUUCAAAGAAUUAUGUGGCCUCUCUCCUGUAGCAAAUCUUAUGCAGUGCAUUUUGGCAGUGUCUACGCGCUUGGUUGGGCCUGAUAAUACACCCUUGGUAGUACUGAAUCUCAAUGAUCAGUAUCCGACUAUGGAGCUCCAAGGGAUUGUUCCAGAGGUCUUGAAAAAGAUUGUAACAGCAUAUGACAUGAUGAUUCAGACCAUCAGGACUCUAGUUGAAAAUACAGAUAGCUUAUAUGAGAAGAUAGUACAAUGUCAGAAAGCAGCAAUGGAGUUUCAUGAAAACCUGCACAAUAUAGGAGCAAGAGAAGGCUUAAAAGAAAGAAAACUGCAAAAAUCAGUAGAAAGUUUUACGUGGAACAUUACAAUUUUAAAGGGACAAGCUGAUCUUCUCAAAUAUGCUAAAAAUGAAGCACUGGAGAAUCUGAAACAAAUCCAUUAUGCCACUCUUUCAUGUGGACUCAAUAAGCCAGGCACUGAAAAUGCCGAAAUCUCAAAGCCUCGCCGAAGUCUGGAGGUCAUACCUGAAAAAGCAGGUGAUGAAAAUGGAGAAUGAGAGAAUGCUCUUCUCGUAAUUAUGGAGUUUAUAACUCUGUGACCAAUUGUAGCUGCAUAGGACAUUUGCUUUGCACUUACUGUUGGAAAAUAUUUGGAAUUUUUAAAGCACAACUGGAGAAGCUAAUUACAAUCUAUUGAAACUGUGAAUGUAUGUAGCAACUCUGUUUGUGAAGGCAAUGAUAUUGUGUGACAUGGAAAUUACAUUAUUGGCCAAAAUAUAGUAUAUAUGUAAAAGAUACUGUAAUUCAGUAAUAGUGUGCUGAAAAGUUCAUUAUAGUGCCAUAGGGAAAUGAACAUUUUUUAAAUGAGCUGUAACUAGAGGGAAGUCAGUUGACAGAAUUUGACAAGAUGCUUUGAUUUUCAAGCGAGUUAGAUGCACAGGUCCUUUAUUCGUUUGCACAAUUUGUUAAUUGUGCUAGUGAGGUGAAUUAGUCUCUUGAAAAUCAGGCCAAACAAGUAAAAUCCAGAUGUUUCACACACUAUAUGUAAUUCAGACGCUCAGAUACUUGGGUUUGAAGAGGUAUUGAUUUUAUUGUUGAGCCAUAAAAUAAAAUGAGAAUGUAAUUAGACAGUGAUCACUGACUUCAGUGCACUAUAGGAGAGCCAUUAUGUAAAAGGAAAAUGUGCAAUCAAUCUGAUAGCCUAUGUCAGAAGAAGAUACAUACCUAUUUUGCCUAAGAUCUUCUGCAAAUGUGUGUAGAUAAUGUGACCAAACUGCAAGCAAAAUGUUGUAAAUAGUUUUUUCAUUUUGUGAAGUGAAGUGCUCAUAUUAAAAAGAGUUUUAUGAGAUUGCUCCCAGACAAGUAAAGCUUUUAACUAAAUUUUAACUUUUUUAUUUUUCAAGUAUUUUCUUCCUUACAGAAUAGGUGAUAUCUUAAUAAGCAGGUUUGUCAAAAAAUAAAUAAAUUGCUGUUCUGGUUCUGUUUUUGUUUUCUGACAACAUUAGGUAAAGGUAUUGUAGCUGAUAUUCUCAUUGUAAAAUGAUUAUACCAACCUAGAGUGUUCUCUUACUGUUUCUGAUUUAACAAUAAAAUGGACUAUAUAAUUACAGAAGCUAAUAAAUUUGAAGAAAAACAAGCAAAAUGC